AUGCCGCCGAUGGAUCCCGUCCAGUCUAAUGGUCAUCCACCUCGCCGCACACGCCAGAACCCGGUAUCGUGUCGUUUGUGCCGGCUGAAGAAACUCAAAUGCAACCGCCAACGACCUUGUUCCAACUGCUCCGCCCGUGGCGUCAGCUGUGAAUACCUUGCACGAAACCCGGGCUCAACAUCCACGGACGGCACGGACCACAGACAAGCUUUACCCACAGCAGCUGAAAGCGCGGGUUUCCAAGCUCGCCUUGAAAGGCUUGAGGAGGCGGUGUUUAGUCAGCAGAAGGACAGACCCUCUGUUCCUACUGCAAUGGUACCAGCCAUUCGUGGGGCAUUGACUACCACGGUUAUGCCAGGUUUCGCUUUCAACGAGGAGCAUGAAGUGACAUCUAGAUGGCUUGAAGACAUUGGCACGCGUGAGAACCCGAUUUUUAGAGCAUAUGUAGCCAACAUACCAUUCAAAGUUGGACCUAUAAGCCAGCUACUGGAGAAUGUGUCGGCGACGCAGAAUGAGGCAGCCCCUUGGCCACCCAGUGUUCAGCUGCCUACCAGAGAUGAGGCCAUAAAUCUGUUCCAGUACUUUCUGGACAACGUCCAGUACCUCCAUCCCGUCUUCCAGCCUCAUUCCCUUCAGCGUGUGAUAGACGCUGUGUAUACGCCCCCGGAUACACCGGUUCAAAGCAAAGUGGCAGAUAUCGCGCUGCUACUCAGCAUACUUGCUAGCGCCAGCCAUCUGUGGAGACCACAGAGAAGCAAAUGCUUGAUCUUCUUAUCUGCGAAAGAAGCUGCCUCCAUGUCCUUGAUCUGGAGCAAUGCAGCGCUGGAUAUUCUGGAGUACUCGAAGCGAACUACUGCUGCCUCGAUUGAAGGUCUCCAGGCCGCGAUCGUUAUCUCCUACGUUAUCUACAAUUCUCAAGGGUUCUCACCCAUGUUCCGUUCACUUCAUGGCAACAUGAUCAUGAUGGCCCGAGAUCUCACAUUACACAAGACUGAUAGUCCCCGAAGGAAAGGAGAGACAGAUCCACCGCCAAGUCAGAUUGAAGCUGACGUAAAGAGAAGGUUAUGGUGGCACAUUGCUGCCACAGACUGGUUACUGGCAUUCACCCCCGGCCCACAGGAGGGCACUUAUUCUAUUCAGCCAUCACAGAUGCAUGUGAAUCAGCCGCAUUAUCUCGAGAGCUGUGAUCAGGACGCUGGAAAUGUUUCAAUGUUAUCUACCGCCUACUUCCUUGAGCGUGUUCGGCUAGCAGAAGUCUGUCGCGCGGUGGUUGACUCCCUGUCCCCCCUUAGAAUGAUCGAGAAUGCGAACUACGAGCAGGUUAUCUUCUUGGACGGCAAAUUUGAGGACUUGAUCAGAAGUCUGCCGGCCUUUUUCCGGCUCGACCAGGGGAGCGAACUCUUGUAUACCGCGCCCCAGCUUACCCUCCAGCGCUAUCUGAUCCACCUUGGGAUCUAUACCAGACGCAGCAGACUUCACCAGCCUUUCGUGGUAGCGGGAUUCACCGAUCCUAAAUAUACGUUUUCCAGAAAUGCUUGCCUAAACUCCUCCCGUGCGGUUCUGCAGAUCUGCUACAAGUUGGAGGAAAAGAAGGACGACUUAGAGUUAAUCCCCGCCAGGCUUGCAACCGUGGUACACCAUGUCUUCAUGGCCGCUGUUGUUCUGGUGAUGGACCUCUGCUCCAACAAAGUGGAAGGGCUCGAGGAACAGCGGCAAGCCGAAGUCACCCGAGCAUGCAGGAUGCUCGACAGCUUGAAACAAGACUCCGCCAUGGCCGCGAAACUGGCUCACCCUCUCAUGGAAAUCCUGCAGAAACACAAAGAAAGUCUACAACAAAGCCAGUCGUCGGCUGUGCCUCUCACGGUGGUAGUGCCACCUGCUGAUGGCAGAAUCAGUCAAGUAUCUUCGGAUCCGUCAAGCGAUUUCCACGGGUCCUUGUCUAACACUAUCGGCCAACACACAUCAACAACGACUGCCAUUGGUGGUGGCCAGCAGCCCGCAGCCCGCACAGAACAUGAACAACAACCGUAUGUUGAGGACUGGGAAUUUGAUGCCAUGAUGCAGCAAUACAUCGAUUUAGGCCAAAACAUAGACGGGCCUUCUUGGGGUUCUCUUUUCGAUGAUCUGGAUUCUCACCAUAUGACGGAUGCCGGCGGCGCUGUUUUCUAUGGCUAA